AUGUCAAUGGUAGCAGAGAAGGAGUUUAUCAUUUUUUCUAUUGGAAAUCCAGGGUCAACUAAUAGACAUUCUACAGGACAUAUAGUGAUGAAAGCAUUGAUCGAAUACUUCGGUGCAAAGCAACUAUUUAAACCACUGUCCAAUUCCAUGUACUCUAUGACAGAAGUAGACAAUAUUGCUCUAGUCAAGUCAAAUAACUACAUGAAUGAUUCAAAUAAACUGUUGAAGCAAUAUAUUGAACAAGAAAAAAUAGGCCUAAGACAAGCCGUUUUAAUCGUCGUCUACGAUGAGUUUGAUUUAGACCUAGGAAAAGUGAAAAUUUCACCCUUUAAGAAAAACGAAUCGCAUAAUGGGAUUCGGUCUAUAAAAGAGUAUAUAUCUCGUCAAUCUGCCGACCUGACAGUCUAUAAGUUGGGAAUUGGUAUUGGACCAAAACCCUCAAAUGCCACUACGAGCACCAUGUCGUCUUGGGUUUUAUCUAACUUCAAGCCAGAUGAACGGCAAAUUAUAGACAAUUUAAGUAUACCAUUAGCAAUAGAUUAUAUAGAUCAUGUCAUAGAUGUAAACGGUGAAAUCCAAGAUUGCAGCAAGUUAAAUGCAUCUUUCACGAAGCGGUCGAAUUUACAAAUAUAA